AUGGGGCGCUUCUCGAUGGAAGACGCCCUCAAAGUGAAGGAGGUGGAGAAGAAGACCAACCACGACUUGAAAGCGGUUGAGUACGUCCUGAAGGAGAAACUCGAGUCGACGGAAGUGACCGCCGAUCUCUCCGCCUUCACACACUUUGGCUGCACGAGUGAAGACGUGAACAAUCUCGCCUUCGCUAUCUGUUUCAAAGAGGCUGUCGAGAGGCAACUCCUCCCGGCCAUGGAGAGUCUCGCAGAGGCGCUACACGCACGAGCCGUGGAGUGCGCCGACGUUCCGCUGCUCUCGCUCACGCAUGGCCAACCUGCGACGCCCACGACGUUCGGCAAGGAGAUCGCGAACUUCGAAUGGCGAGUGCGCAACGCGCUCAAAAGAGUCCGAGAGGUGGAUUUCCGAGGCAAGUACAAUGGAGCUGUGGGGAACUUCAACGCCCUCGUUGUCGCCGACGCACGCGUCGCCUGGCCUGUCGUGGCGCGCGAUUUCGUCGAGAGUAUGGGACUCGUGUACCAACCAUACAGCACGCAGAUUGAGCAGCACGACUGGCUCGCGGAGCUUUGCGACGCCUUCGCGCGCUUCAACUCGAUCCUCCUCGAUUUUGAUCGCGACAUGUGGCUGUACAUCUCGAGAGACUUGCUGAAGCUGCGCGUCGUCGCCGGCGAGGUCGGGAGCUCGACGAUGCCCCACAAGGUGAAUCCGAUUGACUUCGAGAACUCGGAGGGAAACCUGGAACUCGCGAACGCGCUGCUUCGCUUCUUCAGCACGAAGCUCCCGGUCUCGCGAAUGCAGAGAGAUUUGUCGGACUCGACCGUUUUGCGAAAUGUCGGAGUCGCGUUUGGACACUGCCUGGUUGCGUACGAAUCCACAAAGAAGGGACUCGGCCGAGUCGACGUGAAUCGUGCAGCAAUGCUGAGAGAGCUCGAGAACCACUGGGCAGUCCUCGGCGAGCCGAUGCAAACCGUGUUGAGGAAGAGGGGAGUGAGGAACGCGUACGAGAAGUUGAAGAGCGCGACUCGGGGACAAGCAAUCGACAAAGAACGCAUGCAAGACAUCGUGGAAGCGUGCGGCGCAGAUCUCCUUCCUGAAGAUGUCGACGCCUUGCGCUCUCUCACUCCCGCAACCUACACGGGGUUGGCGGCGGAACUCGCGAGGACGGUCGUCGACGCAGUGAAGGAAGAGAGCUCAAAAAAAAGGCAAAAGACAGAGACUCUCUAG